AUGACCAUGUGGCUGGAGCGGAAAGAGAAGGUCGCACAUCAUGAUCAUUACAUACAGAGAAGACUUGAAGGCGCAGUCCGUCCCUCUACAUUUGAACUCAUCACUAUACGACACCCACCAGUUCUUGUUCCUCACCAUGAACUCCUCAUGACCAGACAUGCCUCAGCUGUAUCUGUCCCUUUUGACCAGCUCUCAUCUGCCUAUGGUGCCAAAGACUUCGAGUACUGCUUGGGUGAGUAUAUUGCAAAAGCCCAGGCACCUGAUCAUCACUUCACUGCAGCUUCCCUUCGAGUUGCCAUUGAUAGAGUAGUCAGGUUCGUUCCGUUCUACAAGGUAGCUGUCUAUCAUCGGAUCAAGUUCACCGAACACGACCCUUAUAGUACCACACGAAGUGCUGAAUUCAUUGCAGAUGCUAUUCAUGCAGAGCCCAAACGAAAGGAUAAAUAUGGACAACCUGUUCCUGGGUGA